AUGGACUGGUACUCCUGGUUAUCCAAAACUGGCCUCGAGCCCUCACUUGUCUAUAAGUACGCCCUUGCCUUUUCUGGCAACGAGCUCCAAAUAGAGGAUUUACCACACGUCAACCAUGAGUUCCUUCAGAGCAUGGGCAUCUCCGUUGCCAAACACAGGCUAGAGAUCCUCAAGCUCGCUCGGAAAGAAGUUAGGGAAGCCCCUAAUGGCUUGUCAAAGCUCAUCUUAGCAAUCGUCAAGACCAGGAAGUGCUUCAACAAGUACGUUAACAGGUUGGUUCACCACGAGACGACGAAGGCGGCGCUGCCGCUGCCGGCACCGGAGCCGGUUUCGUAUAAGGAUAAGUGGAGAGAAGCAUUGUCGAAGAGGAACAAGGAGAUGAAGAUGGAGCAUCAUUCACUGCAGAAAACCAGGACGAUAGCGAAAUCGGGUCCCUUGGAUUGUAGAGGACAGGAGAAGUUGCUGGUGACUCCUAGGAGCUUGAAAUUAUCAGGGCCACUGGACAGGAAAUUGCAGGAGAGGUUGGUGUUCAGCUAUAAGAGCCCCAUCAUAUCUGGUUCCGUUGAUGUUGAAUGGCGCAAGAGAGGUUGA